GAAGGGCGUCGCGGAGCCUGGGAGCGCCGCAGCGGAGGCAGCAGCAUGCAGCGGAGCGCGGUGGUCGUCGUGGCGGACAAAACCAGCCUGAAGAGGCCCUUCAUCUUCGCGAACGCCGUGCAUAUGGCGCUGUGCUUCUUCAUGCUGACCAUGACAGUGGCGUGGCACAGAGACCUCAUGCAGACCGGCAAGAUGGUGUCCAGUAUGUCUGUGGUGAUCAUGUACAUCAUAGAGAUCGGCUGUCUGCUGCUCUCGGUGCUCGGUGUGUUCGGGGCCGUCAAGGGGAAGAGAUGGUGUUUGAUCCUGUAUGCGGCCGGGAUGGCUGCAGCCAGCCAGACAAUCAUUGUCCGAACGGCGCUGAGCUACCAAGACGUAUACGAGAAACGCGUCGCCAGGGAGGAGUCCAAACUCCUCGCCAUGAUGCCGCUGAGUGCAACGAACAAAGCCAACCGAACGCUGCUGUACAGUAUUCAAGAAGAAUUUGAAUGCUGUGGUCUGGUUGAAGGCUACAAAGACUGGGGAGCUUCCAUUCCUCCAUCCUGUAACUGUCAGUACCCUGGAAAAUGUAUUCGACUACGAGGCAGCGCCACACUGGGAGCUCCGAAGAACCAGUAUGUUUAUCAAGAGCCAUGUUUACCCAUUUACGUCUCUGAGCUGAAGCUCGCGUUUUCCCUGGGGAUGGCGAUACAGUUUGGGAGUGCAGUGUUCUGGAUUGUUCUACUGGUCAUGAGCAUCAAGCUGAUGGGCCAGAUCAAGAGGAAACAGGAGUUUAUGGCUCUUCUCCAGUCAAACAGAUACGUCCCCGGUGCUUUCUAGCCCCCCAGUCUGUUUUAAUACACUCCAAACUACUACCAAGCAUACAUUGUUUGAAUUUGCACAAUAUGCUAAAUACCAUAACCAAGCUAUUUUGCGCUAUAGCAUUAUAUUACCCUAUGAUUUCCUACAUGUUAAUGCAUGUAACUGAUGGUUAAAAGUAGUCUACAUGCAUAGAUCCAAGUUCAAACUCUUUUUGCCUUACUGCUG